AUGGUCGCACCCAUUCUCCGUCGUGCUCCAGGAACCUUGCUAUCAACUUCCUCGGCCCUCCUCCGAGUCCACAGUCGCAAGGUUGCAGCACCAGCCUUCUCACGCUUCUUGAGCACCCAUAUCACCAACCUUGCCUGCGAGGACCAUGAACCUGGCUUCUUGGGAUCCGUCGAGACUUAUUUUGAUCGCAAGCAGGAUGAUAUGGUCUCGCGGGAAGAGAGGCAUGUCUAUCCCCGUGCCGCAAAGAUCAGUGGAGUGUCUGAAAAGUCCUUGGCCGGCAUCAAGGCAGUCGACUCAGUCCUGAGCGUCAAGUUCCCAGUCGAGAUCGAUGCCGAUACUCAUAUCAUCAUCGAGGGCUACCGUGCCCAACACUCGCGCCAUCGUCUCCCCACCAAGGGUGGAAUCCGCUUCUCGGACGAAGUCGACCUUCAAGAAGUCGAGGCCUUGGCCUCCUUGAUGACCUUCAAGUGCGCCGUUGUUGAUGUCCCCUUUGGAGGCGCCAAGGGAGGCGUCAAAAUGGACCCCAAAAAGUUCACCGCGUCGCAGUUGGAACGUAUCACCCGUCGAUACACCAUGGAGCUUUGCCAAAAGAACUUUAUUGGACCCGGCAUUGAUGUCCCUGCGCCCGAUGUUGGAACUGGACCCCGGGAGAUGUCCUGGAUCAUGGACACUUAUCGCCAAUUCAACCCUCAGGAUGUCAACGCUGCAGGAUGUGUGACCGGAAAACCCAUCUCGCAGGGAGGCGUUCGUGGUCGUAAUGAGGCUACUGGGUUGGGUGUCUAUUUUGGCAUUCGUGAGUUCUUGCAGUUCCCUGAGGUGCAGAAGAUGACAGGUUUGGAUGGCAAAAUUGCUGGAAAGACUGUUAUUGUCCAAGGGUUUGGAAACGUCGGUUAUUGGGCCGCCAAGUUCUUCCACAACAACGGUGCAAAGAUCAUCGGAAUUGGAGAACACGACGUGUCAGCAUACGACCCCAACGGAAUCGACGUCGAGGCGAUCUUCAAGCACCGCACCGAGAAGGGCUCCUUCCGCGGAUACGGCAACGUCGAGAUCAUUCAUGAACCCAUCACGGUCAUGGAACGCGAAUGCGAUAUCCUGAUUCCUGCCGCCCUCGAACGCCAGAUCGGACUCAAGAACGUCAAGAAGAUCAAGGCUAAGAUCAUCGGUGAGGCCGCCAAUGGACCCAUGACUCCUGAUGCCCAUGAUUAUCUUGUCUCGAAGGGCAAAGUUAUCAUCCCGGAUUUGUUGUUGAACGCCGGAGGCGUCACUGUGUCUUAUUUUGAGUGGUUGAAGAACCUGUCGCAUGUCCGCUUCGGCCGCAUGUCCCGCAAAUGGGAAGAGGCUGGCAAGAGCAAACUCCUCACGUUGGUAGAAGAGAACGCCGGCCGCCUAUUGACCCCACAGGAGCGCCGUGCAGUUAUCCACGGAGCCGAGGAGCACGAACUGGUCUACUCCGGUCUGGAGGAUACUAUGAUUGGUGCCUGUGAGGAGACCCGUGCCACAGCCUUUGCCAAGAAUACCGACUUCCGUACAGCUGCCCUCGUCAAUGCCAUCCAAAAGAUCUCCACCGUCACUACACAGUCUGGACAAAUGUUCCUUUAA